UCCCCCAAACAAGAAGCAUGAUCUUGCUAAGUAACGCACGGCAGUCAAAUGAUGUCUCUUUGAGCGUUAAAAACGACUUCGUUUUCUCCUUACUGACGAGGAGUUUUUUGUCAUUUAGUUGCGUGGAAUGGCAGAGAAGACACGCUCAAACGCACAAAGGCACGCUUUCGAGAGUCCCGAGAAGAGCCCGAAUGUCUGAGACUGAGACUGAGACUGAGACUGAGUCUGAGCUUCACGCAGAGAAUCAAACUCCCAUUAGGUUCUCGUCCUGCUUCAUUAUCCCAUUUCUCUCUAUUCGACGUUCGAUCUUUUCCUUCUCUCACCACAAUUUUGCCCAAUCCUUUCUAUAAUGCGCCUAAAAAUACUCAAUUGAAAACUUUUCUUCCUUUCUUCUCUUUCAAAUUUUAAACGGCCAUGAAGCCUAACAGUAACGGCUCCAACUCCAAGCUUGCAGAGAGCCGUUCGAAGCCGUUUGACAUCGAUCUUAACGAGACUCCUCUCUCUUCUCCCCGCGAAACUGUCGUCACGGGUGCACCAGCUGACGUCACCCCUGAACGCCACUCCAGUCAGAGGAUUCGCGCUGGUGGUGCUGCUGUUGGUCUUUUGGACAUCAAUGCAUUGCCGCCGGUCGAAGAAGAAACUUGUGAAUUCAACUACACUGGAGGACCUAGUGUGUCAGAUACUUCUUUAAUUUGGAACUCAAGUAAUGGCCUAGCAACACAUUUAAGUUUGUUACAUGGGGGGAAUAAACUUGAUCUUCUCAAGGCAUCUGGUAGUGUGGCAAGCUUAGUUAAGUCAAGCUACGAAGAUAUAAUGCAGCAGAGGCUGAACUUUGGUGGAAAUUGGAGAGAGAAUCCAAACUCCAUUGUUAGAGAUAGUCUUUUGGCUUGUGAUACUUUAAUCCAUAGAGCAGCAUAUCAGAAAGAGUGUGCACUGGAUGGAAAUAGUUCUGAUUCAAUUUUUGAUGUUGCUCGUCAUCUUGGCUUGGUGUCAAAAUAUCAUUCAGUGGAAUCUCAAGGUAGAAGAGAUGGCUCUGUGUUGAUGCAGAAAGGAUGGUAUUUAAGCCAAAGAAGAAAGGAUUCCUUAAUGUUUUCACAAGUCAAGAACUCAAGAGAAUGUCAAGAAAAUUUGAAAAGCAGUUUUGGUGCAGAGUACCCUUCAAGAAUUGAGGCCGCAGAAAAUCAGGCCUGCAAGUUGAAGAGUCAUUUGAGUGUUGCACUAGCUAAUGUUAAGGAAAAUGGUGUGAGUGAUUCUUUGCAAGCUAAAGUUGGACUUCCAGUUCAGUUUGAAGACUUCUGUAUUUUAGCUCUGGGUGAGGUAGAUCCACGACCCUCCUAUCAUAGUAAUAGCCAGAUCUGGCCUGUUGGCUACAGGUCGAGUUGGCACGAUAAGAUUACUGGGUCUCUUUUUGUAUGUGAUGUCUCUGAUGGUGGUGAUUUUGGUCCACUUUUUAAAGUUAAACGAUACCCAUGCUCCACUCAGCCUAUCCCUGUGGGGUCUACUGUCCUCUUGAGGCCAAGUUAUGACCAACAAGAUGGUAAAGGCCAAGUAGAAACUGAUGAUACUGUCAGUAUGCAUGAUGAUGAUGAUGAUUAUACAAAUAUUCAGUUGAUAUUCUCUAAUGAUAGCCCCCCGCAUUUGGAUUAUGAUGUUUUAUCAGAUUUAGGGAAGAGUAUUGAUGAAACUCAUAGUUCUCAACCAAUGAAUAAUUCUGAAACAAAGUCAAACUGCCUUUCUCAAAGUAUUGGAAGAUCUACAACCAAUUAUAAGGAAAUGGUGGAUGACAUCGGAGAAUUUUUAGUAGAAGGGAGAUCAUCUUCUUCAGUAUGGAGAAUGGUGUCUCAAACUUUAGCACAUGCUUGCCGGAAGGUAUAUGAGCAAACUGGUGUCUGUAGGUUUUGCUGCAGGCACGAUGUAAUUAGAAUGUGGUCAUCGUGCUUUGCCUCGCAAAGUGAGGAAUCAGCAGAGUCUUUUGAUUCAUUGACCAAAUUUUGUUGUCUGUCUGGUCCUAUCAAUGUCCUGCAGAACAUCAGAAGCAAUGAUGAGCUUGAUACUUCUUGUGGAGCGCUAAUUAAGUGGUUAGACCAUGACAGAUUUGGACUAGAUGCUGAAUUUGUGCAAGAAAUUAUAGAACAGCUUCCUCAGGUUCAUAUUUGUGCAGAAUAUAUAUUCCUGAAUAAAAGAAGGGACAGAUUGACAUUAAAAACCGUUGGAAGUGGGUUUCUUCAGGUUAAAAGGAAGAGUGAUAUACAUGAGAGAGAAGCAGAUAGUAAUUUAUUCAGAUGUUUGAAAAGACCAAGGGAGCAGAUAAAUAGGAAUCCCACAAUGAAGUCUUGUUUUCCUCCUGGAAAGCCAUUAAGUUCAAAGCUUCCCACAGAAUUGAUAGGUGAUGUUCUUCAGUCUUGGGAGUUACUAUGGCGUUUCUCUGAAGUUUUGGGACUGGAGGAAUCUUUAUCAUUUAAGGAACUUGAAGAAGAAUUAAUGAAUGGUUAUUCCCUCACUCUUAGGAGUUCUUCUACAUCAACUCUGCCACAGCAUGAUGAACAUGCAUUUAUUGCAAUAGAAACAGAGGGUUUGAAGGAGGCAGCAGAUGUCAAACAGGCAUCUAAUACCGACAGUGGAUGCACAGGUGUAGCUUUGGCUGAUGUUCUCUGCUCUCUGCUGAAAAUUUUACUCGGUGAACUUCAGUCCAAGGCUGCCACUUUUGUAGAUUCUAAUUUUGAUGGUGGCGAAUCAAAGUCAAGAAGGAGAAGAAAGAAAGAUGCAGACAAUUUAAUCUCUGCUAAGAAAAUAAUGCUUGAUUUGCUCCCAAUAAAUGGACUUACUUGGCCAGAAUUAGCUCGGAGAUAUGUUUUAGCUGUUUCAUCCAUGGAAGGCAACCUUGAUUCUGUGGAUUUUGUGAACCGUGAGAGUUGCAAAGCAUUUCAUUGUUUACAAGGUGAUAGUGGAACAAUUCAUGGUACUCUUCCUGGGCUAGCAGGAAUGGAAGCAGAAGCACUGCUGCUUGCAGAGGCUACAAAGCAAAUCUUUGGUUCAUUGAAGAAUACAAAUGAUAUUUCAGUUGUGGAUUACAUUGACUUCAAUGCAUCUAGUUCAAGUGAAAAUAUUAAGGUGAAUGAUGAUGGAAUUCCUGAGUGGGCACAACUUCUUGAACCUGUAAGAAAGCUGCCCACUAACGUGGGAGCUAGAAUCAGGAAGCGUGUCUAUGAUGCUUUAGAUAAAGGUCCACCAGAAUGGGCAAGAAAAAGAUUGGAGCACUCUAUCAGUAAGGAAGUUUACAAGGGAAAUGCUUCGGGCCCUACCAAGAAAGCUGUUUUGUCAGUAUUGACAGACGUGUGUGGUGAAAGCCAGCAUCAGAAACCUAAUAGGAAACGAAGAAACAGGCGUUUUAGCUCUGCAUCUGAUGUGAUUAUGAAGCAAUGCCAGAAAGUGCUUCGUUGUGCUGCUGCUGCUGAUGAAGAGAAAGUAUUCUGUAAUUUGUUGGGAAGAACACUUCUUAAUACUUCUGAUAAUGAUGACGAGGGACUUCUUGGAUUUCCUGCAAUGGUGUCUAGGCCUCUAGACUUCAGAACUAUUGAUCUGAGAUUGUCUGUUGGGGCCUACAGUGGAUCACAUGAAGCUUUCUUGGAGGAUGUUAGGGAGGUUUGGCAUCAUAUACGCACUGCAUAUAGUGAUCAGUCUGAUUUACUGGAGUUGGCUGAAAAUUUAUCUCAAAAUUUUGAAGUACUAUAUGAAAAAGAGGUUCUCACCCUUGCCCAAAAAUUUAGGGAUUGUCCCAAUAUGGAGUGUUUAAAUUCUGAAGCCAAGAAAGAGAUUGAAGAUAUUCUUGAGUCAGAUAGUGAAAUGCCCAAAGCUCCUUGGGAUGAGGGUGUAUGUAAAGUGUGUGGUAUUGAUAAAGAUGAUGACAAUGUUUUACUGUGUGAUACCUGUGAUUCUGGGUAUCAUACAUAUUGCUUGAGUCCUCCUCUUGCUAGAGUUCCCGAAGGAAACUGGUAUUGCCCUCCCUGUGCUACUGGUAAUUGUAACAGUCAAUAUACAUCACAAGUUCCUCAAGUCAUUAGCCCUAGCCAGAAGCAGAGAUAUCAGGGGGAGUUCACUUGCAGAUUUUUGGAAUCUCUAUCCCAUUUGUCUACAACAAUGGAGACAAGAGACUACUGGGAGUACAGUGCAAAGGAGAGAAUAUACCUUUUGAAGUUUUUAUGUGAUGAGCUGUUGAACUCUGUUAAUAUUCGUGAACAUCUUGAACGCUGUACCUCUGUUUCAACGGAUUUACAGCAAAAAUUGCGUUCGUUGUCCUUGGAAUGGAGAAACUUGAAAUUCAAAGAGGAGACACUUAUUGGCAAAGUGGCAAGAGUAAACACAAGUGACGUUAGUGCUACCGAAAAAUCUGAAGCAGAAAGGGUUUCUACUCUGCAAACAAACUAUGGGACAUUGAUGAGGCAGCCUCGUAGCAGGAGCAGCUAUUUUUCAUCCUUACCCACUGAACCAGUACCAGAUGAUGGUUGGAAAAUGUACGGGGCAAAAAAUGUUUGGAAACAACCUUGCUGGUCCUAUUCAAAAGGGACUUCAGUAAGAAAGCCUAUUUGUAGUGGAAAUCAAUUUGGGAAGGCUCCUUGUACUGGGCUUCAUGUGCAACAACAGUUGGAUAACAGUCUAAGAAUUGAUAAUCCACAAAAUGAGUUGCCCAUUCGUGCUAGUCAACCACAGACACAUGACUCUACCAUAAAAGAUGCUUGCUGGAGUAACUUUUACAGAGGGUCGGAACGACAAGAGGGUGAUUAUGAUAGUCCUACACUGCCUAAUAGUGAGUCUCCAGUAGGCAAUAUAUCAUCAGACACAAUCAGAAACCAUGUGGCUGACCAAAUACAUACUAUGCCUAUGAUCUCUGAAAAUCAGUUUCUGGACCAUCAUAGCAUUGCUGAACAUGACAUGAAUGAAUUGCAAGCUCAUGACCUCAAAGUGAACCUACUUAAGAAAGAGAUUGCUGUCUUGCAGGAUUCAAUUGCCUGUCUAGAAUCAGAACUACAGGCAGUAUCCUUGCGGAAGGAAUUGUUGGGGAAAGACUCUGCUGGACGAUUAUAUUGGGCCUUCUCUAGGCCAUCUACAUCUCCAUGGCUGCUGGUUGAGGGAAGGACAAUGUUACAGCAAAGGAGCCUAGUAAGAGGGCAAGGUAUUUCAUUGGCUGAUAAUUCAGUUGUGAGAUAUUCUUCUCCAUAUGGAAUGGAGAAUAGUGGCAUGCCAUCCUCUUCUUCAUGGUUUUCUUAUCAAUCUAGUGACAAAAUUGAAGAACUUAUCGAAUGGUUGGAAGAUAGUGACCCAAGAGAUAGAGAGGUAGCUGAUUCCAUUCUGCAGUGGCAUAAGAUUGGAAAUAAGGACUCUGAUAAAGCGGGAAAUUGUGUUCAGGAUGAGAAUAUACCUAGUUCUUUGAAGGGCAUAGGAAGUGAAGCAACUGUAAAUUCUAAUGGUCUUGUGACUAAGGCUUUGAUUGUUCUGGAGAAGAAGCAUGGUCCUUGCUUGGAAGUAGAAACCUCCAAAAUUUCUAUGAGGCAGGAUCAGAAUGCUGAGUUAAUUCACAAAGAGAGAAUGUACCGAUGUGAUUGCCUGGAACCUGUCUGGCCUUCCAGAUUCCACUGCUGCUGUUGCCACCUGUCAUUUUCUUCUAGGUAUGACUUCGAGGAGCAUAAUGACCGCAUGUGUAAUCCUGGUGCAAGUUCCUGUCAGAAGAAAGCAGAUGAUGAUGCAACAAGGGGGAAGAGAUUGACAAGAACUCAAACAUCACACACACAGAACAUGAAGGAUGUGGUAAACGGUGUGUCUGGGAAUGUAAAGCAUGAGAUAGGCUUUGGAUUGUUUGAAUUUCCAAAGGAGUUGGCAUGCCCAUACGACAUUGAAGAGAUAAGUGCCAAGUUUGUUACCAAAAACUCUAUCAAGGAAUUGGUUCAGGAAAUAGGACUUAUUGGUUUAGAUGGUGUUCCAUCAUUUGUGCCUAGCAAGUCUCCAUAUCUGAGUGACCCCUCAUUGAAAUUAGUUCGCUUGUGUAGGAAUGAGGUUACUAAAGGUGAUAUUUCUAUAAGAGUGGACGAUCCGCAUUUUUCAGUUCCAGGGAACAUGAAGUCCAGUAUGAAACAUGGAAGCAAUUUUAAGAACUCAACCACAAGAAUUGUGAGUGGCAAUGAUGAGGAAUUGUUGAAAAGUAGAAGACUAAAUCCAAAUUUAAUGAAUGUGAGGAGAGAGGAAUCUUAUCUGAAGUAUAGAAGCUCAAAACUGGGGAUUGCUAAAUGCUCUAUCAUUCAUGAUUGUUCAUUGCGACCUGUCAUGGGAAGGGGUAUUGAAAUUCUUCGGCAGCUCAAAAUCAACUUGCUUGAUAUGGAUGCUGCUGUCCCAGAAGAAGCAUUGAGAUCUUCAAAGGCUUCGUGGAAGAAAAGAUGUGCUUGGCGGGCAUUUGUUAAAUCUUCCAAGUCAAUAUUUGAGAUGGUUCAAGCUACCAUUGUAUUUGAGGACAUGAUUAAAACUGAUUACUUGAGGAAUGGAUGGUGGUACUGGUCAUCUCUCUCAGCUGCAGCUAAAAUUGCAACAAUUUCCGCCCUCGCUCUUCGCAUGUACACCCUGGAUGCUGCUAUUAUUUACGAAAAGUCUUCUGCUUUAUCUGCUUCCACAGAAAUUUUAGAGCACAGCAGCAUGCCAAAUAAAGAUAUUUCAUCAGCUAAAGAUUCUACUAAUAACACAAAACCCAGCAAGCCUGCCCUGAAGACUCCAAGUUCUGAUUUGACUGACUUUUGCAAGCUGAGAAGUAAGUCUAGCAGAAAGAGGAAAGAUUUAGGAGGAUGAAUUUGAGGAUGCAUCGCUUAUUCUGCGAGAAACCUGUUGACCUAGGAAUGUCUUGGUGUGGUAAAUGGUAUGCCUUACUCUUCUACUGUAUCUAGGCAGUUGACUUGGCAAAGAGUGAGUGAAAAGGGGCCUUGCUGCCUGUGUGUAUAUAAUACGAAGCUAAUCUCACACAGUAACCUAAUAUCGGAUUAAAAAUGGAGUUACCAAGUAUAGACAUAGAUGCUGAUAGUAACUGAAUUCUGGUGUAGUUACACUUUGGACCUGGCUUCUAGGAAUUUGAUUGCGGUCUUCUUCAGGGGUGCAUGAGCCACGUUAUUGCUUUUAGUCAGUUAAUGUGCAAUGUGUAUUUGUGUAGAGUGUAUCUGUGAGUAUAGACGAGGGCCAGACAGGGCAACCGCUUUGUAUUCUAAUAUAUUUCAUUCAUUUAUGAAUGUACGGUAGCUUUUUUAA